AUGACUAAACCAUUCAUGUUUUUGACUUGUCUCAUACCUGGACCAUCUAACCCAAAAGCAAACAUUGAUGUGUAUUUACAACCGUUAAUAGGCGAGCUUCAACAAUUGUGGAGUGAAGGGGCUUUGACUUAUGAUAUUUCCAUGAAACAAAACUUUGUAAUGAGGGCAACCUUAAUGUGGACAAUUAACGAUUUUCCUGCUUAUGACAUGUUAUCUGGAUGGAGUACCCAAGGUAAGUUGGCAUGUCCGGUGUGUAUGGAUGGAAAUAAGGCUUUUACUUUAAAAUACGGUGGCAAAAAUUCAUGGUUUGAUUGUCACUGUCGUUUCUUACCUCAUGCAUUUAGAAGAAGUAAAAAAGGGUUCACUAAAAAUAGGGUUGUGAAGGAUGAACCUCCAAUAUUGAAUGGUGAAGAAGUUUGGGGUUUGGUUCACAAUAUUCCACGAGUGAUAGAUAAUGCACAUACUAAAUUGUUUGGAUAUGGAGUUAGCCAUAAUUGGACUAAACGAAGCAUAUUUUGGGAUCUUCCAUACUGGAAAGAUAAUUUAUUAAGGCAUAAUUUAGAUGUCAUGCACAUAGAAAAAAACUUCUUUGAUAAUGUGUUUAACACUGUCAUGAAUGUUAAGAACAAGACUAAGGACAAUGAAAAAGCACGAAUGGACUUGGCCAUCAUUUGCCAACGUAGCGACCUGGAGUUGGUUCCACAUAACAAUGGAAAAAUGAAAAAACCUAAGGCAAAUUAUUGUCUUACGUCUAGUGAGGCAAAAAAAGUUUGUAAAUGGAUAAAGGAGCUUAAGAUGCCAGAUGGGUAUGCUUCUAACUUGGCAAGAUGUGCAGAUGUUAAUAGAGGACAAAUGAAUGGGAUGAAAAGCCACGAUUGUCAUGUAUUUAUGGAGUGUUUGCUUCCAUUUGCAUUUAGUUCAUUGCCUGACCAUGUGUGGAAACCAUUAACAGAAUUAAGUCAAUUCUUUAAGGGCUUGUGCAGCAAUACCUUAAGACAUGAUGAAUUGGUCAAAUUGGGUGAAAAUAUUCCAUUCAUCAAAUGCAAACUUGAAAGAAUCUUUCCACCAGGAUUAUUUGAUUCAAUGGAGCAUCUUCCAAUUCACCUCCAAAUGAUGGGUGAUUUUAAGCGCACAGUGAAAAACAAGGCUAGAGUGGAAGGCUCAAUAUGUAUGUCAUACUUACAUCGAGAGACAACAUAUUUUUGUUCCCACUAUUUCAAAACAAUCUCUUUGUUUAAUAGAAGCCAACGUAAUGAAGGUGCAAAAUUAAAUGAUGUUGUCACAACAACACUGUCAAUUAGCAAUCAAUUAGGACGUUCUAGUGGGAAGGCCCAAACACAUUGGUUGAGUGAUGCUGAAAGAAGCGCCUUUUUGCACUCUAAUUCCAUUCUUGAAGAAGAUCCUAUAUCUCAAACUCGUAUACAUGGAGAAUUCCCAGAAUGGUUUCGUGCGUAUGCCAUUGACAAGGAAAAUGGCGUGACUGACCCUAACUUGUUAUCAUUAGCUUGGGGUCCUAACUCAAUGGUUAAAACUUGGCACAAGUAUUACAUUAAUGGGUACAAAUUUCACACAAAAGCUUGGUCUCAGGGUAAGAAAACCAUAAAUAGUGGAGUUUAUGUGAAAGGGGUUACUGGAGGAGGGGAAAAUGAUUUCUAUGGAGUCAUCCAACAUAUCUUCGAGUUGGAGUAUUACAAAUUGCCUCACAAAGUAGCCUUGUUUUAUUGUCAAUGGUCGGAUCCUAGACGGAACUGA